UCUCUGGGUUUAUCUUGUGAAUCAUGAGGAGGUGUUUACACACGUAACGGUGCUCAUAUUUUAUGAUACCUUGGAAAAGGUAUCAUGGCACUCCAGAGAGCCAUAGCCCCGUGGUUGAGAAUCAUUGCACUAGAGCGUGAAAUUGGAUGAAAGUGAGAGCUGUAUUGCUUAACACAUUGGAUCCUAGAACAGUGAAGUGUCUUUCUUUGGGAAACCUCCCUGCUAUGGUUGAGCAAGAGCUACAGUGCAGAGGGAUGGAUAGCUUUUCCCAACUCUGAUGUCUCAGAUGCACUAAAGCUUGCAGUUCCUUUGACUCACCCUCCUUCCUCCCUCCUUAAUACCAGUGUGGGUCAAAUGCUGAAAUUAGAAAUGUAAGAAUCUAGUUCAAGAACUUCCUUUUGAAGGAGUUUAUCCUGUCUCUGUCCAAGUCCACCCUAGCUCAUCCUGCCUGCCCACCCUAAUUCAUCAGGCUGCAUAGAAAUGGCACUGGCACAGCUGUUUCUUGCUGCAUCCCCAGACAAGAGCAGGAAUGCAGAGAGAAGCAAGGUUUGGUGUGCUGUAGAACAGAUAAGAACAUCAAAAAAGUCAGAUCAGCUCAUUAAACAGUUCGGUUGUGACACAGCACCAUUUACAAGUAGUGUUGUGUCAUAGUCUGCUGCAGAGGAAGGCAAAAUUAGCCAUUUUCUAUUAUGUAAAGAAAUGUAAAAUGUAACUAUCUAUUGCCAGCAAGUUCUCAUUUUUUCCCCUUGCCUUUUAGUAAGUGAUUGGUUCAAAAGGUAAAAUAUCCUUGUUCUUUAAAACAUCUGUAGUCCCUGUACUAUGACCUAAUUCUGAGGUCUUUCAAAUAAAUUGUUUUCUCUAAUAUUAGUAAAUAGCUGACAGACAUCCAGGUCACGUAAAGGAAAUAUUCCCUCUCAUUUUAAUGCCCCAAGCUUGUGUAUAGGAAAGCAACUUUAUGACCAUUAACAAUCUUUGUAGUGUUCUGUGCUUCAGAGUGAAAACCCAUUCCUGCAUGGGACAGAAGCAGGCAUAGAAUUUUUUCCAUCACCUAAAAUACAUUGAUCUUUACCCUUUUCUGCAGAGUCUGGUCUUUGAAGAAUGCUGGAGAAAAUGGACAGGUGGAUUGGCUUGGAGUAAGCAGGGACGUAGGACUGCCAAAUGAGAUGGAACAGUGGUUAAACAAAGAGCUUCAAAUACUGGACAGGAUGGACCAGUAGUUUUUUUUCCAAUGUGCUAGGGAGCUAGGAAAUGCCAAACUUAAAAUGUAUUUCAUUUGUUCAGAUAUGGCAGGGAUACUAGACCAAUUGGUCUGAUCUGGAGCUGCAGAGAGGUAAAUCUAGUGGGACAGGUGGACCACUGGGCCAAUUGAGGGUAUCAAUUAAGAAGUUCUUUGCUUGUAUGGCAUGUUAUGAGGUGCAAGCCUUGUGUUUUUUCUUUUCAGGCAUAAUUCACGCACCUGUUCUUCAACUCCUGUGUGUUGCUCUUAGCCUCAGAACAACAGCGCCCCUGUCCUGUCCCUUGUGUUAUGUUGGAGGGAAGACAUCCAGAAGUGGUCAGCAUGGGUUUAGAGCUGGAAUUGCUGAAUCUCUCAUUUCAGGUUUCUACUUCGUCUGGCACCCGUUCAGCCCAGGAAGAAGAGAUGCCACAGUCCAGCAAGGUUCGGGGUCUGAGAAGAAGUGGGCCAGCAGGACUGCGCCGGCAAAAGCGCCGGUGGUCAUCCCAGCAGGCUACUAGGAACCAGCUGUUGCCACUCCAGCCCAGCAGGACUAGCCAGGAGGAGAGCACACCCUUUGUACUGGACUUGCAGAACCUGCCAGGGUUGGCCAAUGUCGACCUGAGUGCUCAGAACCCAAAUAUACAGGUGACCAUUGAGGUGGUGGAUGAUCCUCAGGCAGAGAUGGAGAUGGACCUGCUGAAGGAGACUAGCAAUGAUUGGUCCCUGACCUCCUCGGAGUGGCUGUCCCACAGAGAACUCUUCUGGCCACUCUUCUGGGAGUACACAGACCCCACUGAGGAGGAGGAGGAAGAGGAUGACAGCCUAGACACAGAGGAUAGGGGGGAAGAGGAAGAAGAGGAGGAGGAUUACACAGCAGAGUAUGAUGAAGAGGAGGCGACACUGAGCGGAGUGGGAGGCAACUGGGACCAGAGAUGGUCAGGGCAAAAGAACUGGAUUUUUAAAGAAAAAUAUAAUUAUGACUAUGAAGAUGAAGAGGAAUGGAGUCCUUGGUCCCCCUGCAGUGUAACUUGUGGUAGUGGCAAUCAGAAGAGGACUCGGUCCUGUGGCUAUGCCUGCACAGCCACUGAGUCAAGAACCUGUGACCUGCUCCAAUGCCCUGGAGCUGAUGGGGAGUUGGUCUUCACUACCGAGACACCAUUUGAGGGGGAGAACACCACAGAGAUGUUCAACUCAGAAGUGGACAGCUGUGAGAAGUGGCUGAACUGCAAAAGUGACUUCCUCACUAAAUACCUGAGCAAGGUGCUGACAGAUCUGCCCAGCUGCCCCUGCUCCUACCCCCUAGAGGCAGUUUACAGUGCUGUGAACCUGCGGGACGAGCACCAUGGCAAGAAUUUCCGGUGGCGGGAUGCCAGCGGGCCCAAGGAGCGGCUGGACAUCUACAAGCCCACAGCCCGCUUCUGCCUGCGCUCCAUGCUCUCCUUGGACAGCACCACACUGGCUGCCCAACACUGCUGCUAUGACGAGCACACCCAUCUCAUCACACGGGGCAAGGGGGCUGGUGUUCCUAACCUUAUCAGCACAGAGUUCUCCCCAGAGCUGCACUACAAGGUGGACAUGCUGCCUUGGAUUCUGUGCAAGGGGGACUGGAGUCGCUACCAUGCUGUUCGGCCCCCCAACAAUGGGCAACAGUGUGCAGAUAACCCCACCGAGGAGGAAUACCUCUCCCAGCUGCAGGAGGCCAAGGAGUACUAGCCGAGCUCAGGCGAGUGAGAGGAGAGCAGGAUGUUACAGGUCCAGCCCGUAACCUACCAGGAGAACCAGGAAGCCUGUAUUUCCUACUGCAGGGAAAGUCUGCAGGCCACAAUGACUCUGGAGUUGUCCCUUGCUUAGCUCUCCUUUGGGAACAGAAUAGUCCAAGGGAGGGAUAAAGCCCCAGGCCCAGCAUACAGGCUCCCCAUCAGUGCCAACCAGGGGUGGGGUGUGGAUUUCUUUUAAAUCUGGGUUGUUGCAAUAGCAUCCCAUUUCCUUCCCAGUUAUCUAAGGGGUCAAAUUGAUUGUCAUUGCCCAGCUGUUCUGAUGAGGGCAUUCUUUUUUACACUAGCUUGGUCCCUCCUGAUGGCACAGGAGGCAAGGAGCAGCUAGAGGCAAUGGAAGCCGGUAGCAGCUGAAGGCAGAGGGGACAUACAAGGGGAAAAUGAGUAGUUCCCCAUAGUUUGCUAUGAAGUAUUAAUUAGACUCCCAUGAGAUGGCUGAGGAGUUUCAGGGUCUUUAUAGAGAAAAGCCCACAGCUCCUGAUUUGUUUCCUGUUGUAUUUGAGGCAGCUGGGCUGGUGGAAUGAAUACACUAAGAGUUGCUGCUGUGGUAAAGAUUUAGCAGCUUUAUCUGAUCACAAGAUGCAACUGUGUAAGCAUUUGCCCCAGUAGUCCUGGGUCUCCUCUGAAACCUGGGACAGAUUCUUCUAAGGGAGCAGUGUUAUUGAAAAGUCCUGAUGGUAUGAGUAGAAUGGGGGUCUCGUCUCCCUGGAUCUGACAUCUCACACAUGGAAACUUCCAAACAACUAGCGAAAGGCCUGUACAGUGCUUAUGUGGCUGGGGGAAUGGGAGGAGGGUGUGGGUGCUGAAAUCUUUGUGAAAACAUCACCUCUCCAAGGUGGUUGGGGAGGAUAACAAGGCACAACUAGUGCCAAGGCCAGGGGAAGAUCAGGACAGUGGUACAAGCAGAUAUUCACAUGGGGCAGGAAAAGGAAAUGGUCAAAUGUCCACUUGUCAAGUGACCACUUAUUCCUCAUUUCCAAAGGGGACAGGCAGGAGGACUUGUUAGAAGUCCCAUCGCAGCUCAUGGCUAUACCCUGGUUCUCUCUGGCAGACCAGCUUUGCUGUGCAUGGCAGUGUUAAAGCAUCUAUGAACUAGCAGAUCCCAGACACUUUCUUCCCACAUGUCUUUUUUCUGGCUCAUUUUGGGUGCAUGAGGCAACCCUGUUCUGUGUCUGUGCAUGUCCCCUCAGUGGGAGAAAGAGAAUCUCCCUUCCAAUGCUGAUUCUGCCCUGACCAGGGUUUGCUUCCUGCAGGUGGCAGAUGGUUUUGGCAUGAUAAGGACCACAUGGCGUCAUUACCCUUCUGCACAUAGCCACUUCUUUCCUUGAUUUCUCCCUCAGAGAGGUUUUAGCCAGUGUGUUCUCUAGCCUGCUUCUCUACUGGGGGAUGGGGAGAAUGAUGAAAGUUGGGCACUGCCAACAGCUUAGCAUCUGGUUAGACCAGGCAGACAAGCAUCCACCUAUUUCUCUUGGGAACUUUCACUGCCCACGUCCUUUCUUCCUCUUAUCCCAGCUCCUCCCAUUCCCAUCCACCUAGCCUUUUCUCUGCUAGGCAGUGGGAGAUGGAAAGUGUCCAAAAGGUGUCCCAUGUCUGGGGAACUGGCUCCAAGGUCAGACCCAGAGAGUGGUAGUUGACGGAACUGAAUCAACAUGGCACUUGGUGACUAGUGGUGUGCCCCAAAGCUCUGUUCUUGGAUCUGUACCCUUUAAUGUCUUCAUAAACGAUCUGGACACGAGUGUCAAAAAGACUGGCCAAAUUCUCUGAUGACACCAAACUUUGGGAAAGAGUGUCUACACUUGAGGAUAGGCUGGUGAUCCAGGACAACCUAGAUAGGCUUGCAAAGUGGGCAAAUGAAAACCUGAUGGCAUUCAAUACAGAGAAAUGCAAGUAGUUCCACCUUGGGAAUAAAAACCCACAUCACACUU